GAGAUAGCGGGUUGUUGUUUUUUUGCGUGCGUCGUGACGCAAUUGGUCGGAAAGAGAGGGGCGGGCCGAGGCGCGGUGCGAUUGGCUGGCGGCGGGGAGAAGCUGGCGGCGGAUUGGCGGGCGUCGAAGGGGCCUCUGAAGCGAGGCGAAAAGCAGCGGCGGGCCGGGGUCGCCAGCAGGAGCGGCCGCCAUGAGCGUGACGGGGACCCCCGCGGUGGUCUCGGUGUCCAUCAGCAGCAGCCUCAACGCCUUCCGCGCCCUGAAGCGCUACGCCCGAGGCCUCACCAUCGCCGAGUUCAAGUGUAAGUUGGAGCUGGUGGUGGGGAGUCCGGCCUCAUGCAUGGACUUGGAGCUCUAUACGCCAGACGACAAAUUUGUGAUGAAACUGGACAGCGACGAGGCCUUGCUGGGCUCUUACCCCAUCGACGACGGGUGCAGGAUCCAUGUGAUUGACCGGAGCGGCGCCCAGCUUGGGGAAUACGAAGACGUGUCGAGGAUCGAGAAGUUCCAGAUUCCUGAUUCCGAAUAUGAGAAAAGAACAGAUUCUGCCCGUUCCUUCCUGAAACGCAAUAAACUGGGGCAGUACAACGAGGAAGAUAUGGUGAAGAAAGAAGCCGAGCAGAAGGAGAAGCUGGCGGAAGAGAAGGCCCUGGCCGAGGCUAUCCCCGUGGGAUCCAGGUGUGAAGUGCGGGUGGCUGGGCAGCCGAACAAACGCGGGACGGUGAUGUACACUGGUGUAGCAGAGUUCAAGCCCGGCUACUGGAUUGGCAUAAAGUACGACGAACCGUUGGGGAAGCACAACGGCAGCGUCGGCGGGAAGCGCUACUUCGAGUGCCAGCCGAAAUACGGGGCCUUUGUGAAGCCGCAGCACGUCACAGUGGGGGAUUUCCCCGAGGAGGACUAUGGACUGGACGAUGAGAUGUAAAGGGGUUGGGAAGGGGGCGGCUCACGAAGGGACCCGAGGAGGAUCGCCACAGUCUCUUCGUGCCGCCGUUUCUGGGGCGAGGCGCUGCCACGCACUGCAUUCCUGCCGGUGAGCUGGCGGGAGAAGACUGGAUCGCUGCUGUCUUUUUGUUCGUGUUUGGAUGGCUUUUCUUCUCCCCCUCCCCCCCCCCCCCCGGUCAUAUGUGUCUAUUCAUCGAUGAUGCCAAACCCCCUUGUCUGUUCUCACACACUCACCUUUCCGUGCCAGUUUGGUAAGACGUAGAAUACUGGCAUGAUUUUGCUUCCUAACAGCACUCCAUGGGGUGGCGGGUAAGGGGGUGUGCUCUCCCGCUGCUUGCUGCUGCACAGCCAUGGGGUUCAGAAGUGGUUAGGCUUAACUGAAGUGUGUUGCCACCAUCAAGGCAAAAAGGACUCUGCUACGGGACUUUUCGCUCGCAUGGCGUCUGGUGCAAACUCGGCCGCUGCCCAUUACGUUCUUGUUUUGUGCUGUGCUGUUGGUUGAUGCAAUGUGAUAAUUACAGAUUUUUUAGAAAUGGAGCAGGAAGGAGGGGGGGAAAUACAUUCCAUGCAGGAGUUA